AUGUCAAGCUUUGUGGUGUGUUCAAUAACAGCACUCAUGGAGGACAUCGCUGUUGUGUUUGAUGACACAGCUGCCACCGAAAUCCAGGUAAAUGCGGGCGUUCUUAUGCUCGCAUCCCCAAUCUUCAAGAGCGUGAAGGAGGCGGUAUGCAAGAAGAUCCAGCUGCCGGGAAAGGACCCGCAAGAGUUCAGGACCCUCAUAUCGUUUCUGUUGCCGGGCAGUGGCCGGCUGCAGACACUGUCUGUGGAGAAUGUCGACUUCUUGCUGAAAUGGUGCCAAGAGUACUGCAUUGACGCAUUGAGAUGUGAAUGCCUGGAGUUCAUCAGGAAGUAG